UCUUUCUUUUUUUUUUUUUUUUUAAUCUAUAAGUCUUUUGAGCUCGUGCUCAGUCUGUCCACUGCCAUGUGUCUGUUCUUCUUGGACAGUUAUAAAACCCUGGCCUUGCACUCCUCUUUCCCUUCAUUCCUCCAGGAAUUAAUCCAACAUCUACCUCUCACAAAUCCGCGGUUUUUGUAUUUAGAUCUCUACUUCAUAGAUCUCUAUAACUUUCACAUUUAUAUAAAAAAGUACAAAUAUAUACAUAUACAAUAUACACAUACAGUCCUAGGAGCAAUUACUGUUUUAAUAAAUAAAAUGAAAACAACAAAAUAUAUGGGCUAAAGUUUAUUUAACCUUUAUUAUCUUCCCUGAAUAUGAGCCUGAAAAUUUUGCGCGCUCACACACACACACACACACGCACACACACACACACCUUACUGGUCAAAAUAAAUAAAUGCAAUAAAUAAUAACGGCAAAUAAUUUGCAUGUAAAAAAAGAGUUAAAGCUUAAUAGAAAUUAUUUAUUCUCUCUCUCUCUCUCUCUCUCUCUCUCUUUCUCUCUCUCUCACACACACACACACACAGAGAGAGAGAGCACUGAUUUCUGAUUUACACACAUAUCUGCCAUUCCUCACCACAUCACUUCUUUUCUUUCUUUCUUUCUUUCUUUCUUUUAACUAUUAAGAUUAAAACAGUGGAGUGUUGUGCAUGCGUUUGAAACCAUAAGAAGCCUUAAAUCCAUCCUGCUUCAUCAUUCCCAUCACUUGGGAAAGUGUGAACACUGGAUCCUCAGCUAAUCAGAGCUACAGAGCUGCUCAGUGAGUUUACUGGAACAGGCUGAACAUGGUGGUGAUGAAUGAACAUGAAUGAAAGUAGUAUUAGUAGUCAUUACAAUCACUUCAUUAAAUGCUCAAUUAAGCACAUUCAGCCUUUUUUGUUGUUGCUGUUGUUGUAAAUCAGGUCUGUGUCACUGGAUGAGCUCACAUCAAAUGGCCGAACAGACAGUGCUGCAGCAUGCUGGAGGUGAGGGACUGAAAUAAGUGCACUGGCCAUCAGCAGCACACAGUGACAGCUCUUUGUUAGUGAACAGAAGAAAUCAGGAUUGAGAGAGGGAGAACUCCUCCUACCAAAUUACCCAAGCAGGGCAGGCGUUUCUCUCACUCCCUCUCUCCCUCUCUCUCUCUCUCUCUCUCUCUUCACAAAUAAGACACACGUCUCCAAGCCUCACACACUCCCCACACCCGACUCCUGAGCACUCGGAUCCCUAUAAGAGCCAAACUGGGAACUAAAAUCGCACGCUUUUAAACAAAUCUUCCAUCCGUUUCUCAGCAGAUUUCCUCCUCACCCGGACUAUACUUUUGAUUUUUUUUUUUUUUUUUUUUUUGCUUCUCUCGCUCUCUUUCUUUUUUCUUUUUUUUUUUAAACCAGAAGUGGAUGUGCGCUUUACCACUGUUCAUGCCGUUUGCAGUUUGCGAGGCGGCCUGCUAAAGUGCGCGCACGUGCGCGCGCGGGCGCGUGUGUGUGUGUGUGUGUGCGUGUGUGUGUGUGUGGUGGUGGUGUAUGCGUGGUGUGUGUGUGUGUAAGUUUCCCUGCAGCAGAUCGCUUUCGGAUGGUGUGAGGGGCUCCGUGGCGCCUGGUAUAUGGAAGUUGUGGCGUGUAAGGCGAAAGAGAGCAGUUGCACAUUGCGCCCCGCAGCAGCAGCAGCAGCAGCAGCAGCCAUGCUGUUCCACGGCAUCUCCGGCGAGCACAUCCAAGGCAUCAUGGAGGAAAUGGAGAGGAGAAACAAAACCGAGUCUCGCCUAGCCAAAGCUGUCCAGAUGAACGGAAGAGAAACGAGCAUGCCGUCUGCGAGCCCGGAGAAGCCUGCUCUGUGCGCCGGAUGCGGGGGGAAGAUCUCUGACCGCUAUUAUUUACUGGCUGUGGAUAAACAGUGGCACCUGCGCUGCCUCAAGUGCUGCGAGUGCAAACUGGCGCUGGAGUCCGAGCUCACGUGCUUCGCCAAGGACGGCAGCAUUUACUGCAAAGAGGAUUACUACAGGUUCUCCGUGCAGCGGUGCGCGCGCUGCCACCUGGGCAUCUCGGCGUCGGAAAUGGUGAUGCGCGCGCGCGACUCCGUGUACCACCUGAGCUGCUUCACGUGCACGUCGUGCCACAAGACGCUGAGCACGGGCGACCACUUCGGCAUGAAGGAGAGCCUGGUGUACUGCCGCCUGCACUUCGAGAGCCUCGUGCACGGGGAAUACCAGCACCACCAGCAGCAGCACGGCCAGCUGAACUACGCAGACCUGGCUGCCAAGGGCGCGAGCCUGGCGCUGCCCUACUUCAACGGCUCGGGCACGGUGCAGAAGGGCAGGCCCCGGAAACGGAAGAGCCCGGCCAUGGGCAUAGACAUCAGCACGUACAACUCAGGUUGUAAUGAGAACGAUUCUGAGCAUCUGGAUCGAGACCAGCAGGCAUACGCUCCAUCGCAGAAGACCAAACGCAUGCGCACGUCCUUCAAGCACCACCAGCUUCGCACCAUGAAGUCCUACUUCGCCAUCAAUCACAACCCUGAUGCCAAGGAUUUAAAGCAGCUUGCGCAGAAGACGGGCCUCACCAAAAGAGUGCUGCAGGUCUGGUUCCAAAACGCGCGGGCCAAAUUCAGACGGAACGUUUUGCGGCAGGAGAGUGGGGGUGUCGAGAAGGCUGACGGCACGUCACUUCCCGCACCCUCCUCCGACAGUGGUGCUCUGACCCCGCCAAGCACAGCCAGCACGCUAACAGACCUGACCAAUCCCUCUAUCACCGUAGUCACCUCAGUCACCUCUAGUUUGGACAGCCACGAGUCCGGGAGUCCCCCGCAAACUACCCUGACGAACCUUUUCUAACGCAGAGUUGGGGUUUUGUCCUUUAUUGUUUUUCUUUUUUUUUUUUUCCUCCCUUCCAAAUGUGGCUUUUUGUUGUUAUUUACAAAACACUCUUAAGCAACCAGAGACAGAUUCAUUUGAAGACGAAGUAGUCACCUCAAGUCAACUCUAUUUUGGACUGUAUUUUGAUUUCGCAUAAAAUAAAACACAAACAAAUUAAAAAAAAAAAAAAAAAAAACGACUUCGACAUUUUGAUUACAUUUACAUUUGAUUUUUUUUGUUUGUUUGUUUACACUUUUUAGACAAACCCAUUCAAAUCAGCUAUAAUUUAAUUAGCUACAACUCUGUAAACCUUACUAUUUUUUUUGUUUUGUUUUUCUAUUACUUUACAAAUUUGACAGAUUUCAUUUGCAAAUCAACCAGUGACAGUCCCAUUCCCACAGAAAGUACUAAAACAAAUGAGAGGGUCAACUUGUAGCACUUGCAACCACUUGGCAGCUGAGUUUACACGUGCGUCCAUUUUUUUUUUCCAUUUUUUUUUUUACCGUUUUCACCAUGUCAGCAUAGUGUCGGCAUGUUUUAACACUUCAUACGUGAAAGUGGAAACAUGUCUUAGACGACGUGCUUUAAGCCACGCAGAAAAUCCUUCAUUCUGUUUUGUAUUUUAUUAUUUUUUAAAUUUAGAUUUCAUUGAUAAUCUGCAUUUUAUUUCCAAAAACAUUUUGCAUUCCAGUUUUAUCCAGUGAAAGUAGCUUUGACAAACGAGUCCAUUGCCGUUUUUUUUUUUUUACACUUUAUACUUUCACAACUCGCAUGCCAGGUGGUGCUUCAACCUCAAGAUAGCAUCAUACCAGUGUGGCUCUAAUUAGGGUUAAACAAUAUCGACAACUGUGCAGUGGUAACUGUUCAAAAAAAGCUCAAGAGCCCUUUAUAUCAUUUUUUUAAACGGGCUACAUUUUAAUUGAUUGUACAGAUAAGGCACUUUUAACAAGUAUUUUGGCGUAUAGAGUAUUUCAACUUUUGGUAUGCCAAUUCCUAUUAAUUGCUAUAGAUUUGCAGUUUGCUUAGUGUUUGAUAAGUGUGUUACGGUGGUGCAGCUCAGGGUGAUCAUGAGAUUCAAUACAUUCGGAGAUGGAAAAUCUAGACUGUCAUUUUUUUCUUUUAGAAAUGUAUAACUUCUGAGCUUGUGGUUUACAGAACAGACGAAACAAACACCACUUACGAUUGGAGAUAGUUAGUCAUAUAUAUAUAUAUAAUAAAGUCACUUUUUUUUCCUCCUCAGUCAAAUUCAAAUUUGUUAUUUUUUUAGUUUUUUUUAAUUUUAUGGACACUUGCCACUGAACAGACCAAAAACACGACAGGAAAUUUGGCUGGAAGUGACAGCGAGGGACAGUUAAGGGGUUGAUUAGUUCAUUGUGUGAUGGAGAGUUGGUUCUGUUUGUAGAACAAAGUGCUCCUCUAAGAUCUACUUCAUGAAGUAGAUGCCUAACUCAGUUCUACUAUGUGCCUUACGCUAUAACCUGGAAGAGAGCUUGUGAAAUUCAGGAGAUACAUGUGUGUUUGUUUAAUGGAUAUCGCAUUCUUUGAACGCCUCACUAGUUUUGUACUGUUCUGUUUUUCAUCUGAGGAUCUUUUUAAUGGUGUAAUUCUGUUACAAAGGAGGCAAGCGAUGGCCUAGAAAGCAGUUGUGCACUCUUUCAAAUAUAGUCGGUAAAUCCGAGAAUCUUAUAUAUUGAUCUUCGUGUUAAUAGUAUGGUACGUGUUCUAUCAAGAUUGUCCAUUGUUUCCUUGUUUCUUGAAAAAAAAAAAAAGAUGGUGUAUAGAAACUAUUUCCCAUUAAAUAUUUAUGGACCAAGCGGUUGUUAUAUCUUAUUAAAUUUGUGUGAAUAAAAAAAAAA